AUGUCAACAGACAACACAGAGCUAUUGUCCAAAUUCCUUAAUGAAUACAAUCAAUUAAAGAAAUAGAAUCAAGAAUAUCAGAUGAAAGAGAACUCAACCUAUUAAUCAUUAAUCAAUGAAAAUCAAUUGCUAGUCUAAGAAUUGAAUAGGAUCAAAAAGGAGAAUCAACGAUUGAUUGACAACAAUACCUUUCUCACUGACCAACUCAAUCAACUCAAAGAAUUGUAUCAAGAAACCAAACAAGAAUUACAAGAAUCAUUUAAUUUCAUCUAAACAAUCAAUAAAACAAUGAAAACUGGUACUUUCGAACAUGAUGACAGAGACAUCAAUAAGUUGAUGGAAAUAUUUUCAGUCAAUUCCAUGGAAUAAUUGUUGACAACAGCAGAAAAAAUCAAGACUGUCAUGUUGGGUGUUGCUCAUUUGGAAUCAUUCUGUAGACAAAUCUGUGAAAUUAUUUAUGAUUAAAACGAAGAACAAUACAAUUUGGAAUAAGUAUUCCCCAUCAUUCAAAAAUGGAAAUUCGAUUCCAAAUAUGUCGACUGUUUCUUGAACUUCAAAAAUCAAUUAGAAUAAACCUUAUCAUUGAAAUAAUCAACUGAUUCCCAAAUUAUUGAUGCCAUUAAAUCACUCCAAAACACUUCCAAUAACGACAUCUAAACUAUCAAAUCCCUAUUUAAAAUAGACUCAAGUGACAAUUUGAUGUUCAAAAUGAACUAAACCUUCAUCCUAUUAUAAGAUAUUCAAUAAUUCAUUAAAAUAGCCAAACGAUUAUUAGACUUAGAUGAAAACAUGAAAAGUGAAGCCUGCAUGAUUUACAUACUUAAAAUCAUUGAAAAAAUUAAAUAGAACCAGUUUAACGAUCCUGAUCUCAUCCUCAAAAUUAUGAAGACACUCAAAGUUGAUCAUCCAUCCCAAAUCCUUGCCAAAUUAGAAUCAUGUACCAAUUGA